AAAAUACUAUAUUACAAAGUACAUUUUUAUAAAUAGUAUAUACUAUAAUUAAAUUUAUGAAAGUAAGAGAAGAUCAAAAAUAGCUAGGUUGUUUUUCUUCUUGAAUUCAAUACCUCACACACACAGUGGUUGGGUUGCUUCAUCACUUCACCCUUAACCGCCAAACUUGCCGGGAUGUGUAAACCACGCGCUCUCUCUGCUACACUCCCUCUGCUUCUUCUUCUUCUAAACUCUCUUUUUCUAACUCUUGUUUCUGCUCAAACUAACAAGAGAUCUGAUUGGAAUACACUUACCGGUAAUCCACCGUUGGUCAUAGCACAUGGUGGUUUUUCGGGGAUAUUUCCCGAUUCAAGUGGUGCUGCUUAUAGUUUGGCCUUACAAACGAGCUUACCGGAUGUUGCUCUAUGGUGUGAUGUGCAAUUGACAAAAGAUGCAGCUGGGAUUUGCCUUCCAAAUGUCAACCUUUUAAAUUCUACUUACGUUUCAAUUGCUAUCCCAAAUAAAACUACGAGUUACUCGGUUAAUGGUGUAUCCACCCGUGGCUAUUUUUCCGUGGAUUACACCUUGGAGGACUUAUCCAAUGUCUUCUUAUCUCAGGGAGUAUUUUCUCGGUCAGCUCUGCUUGAUGCCAAUGGUUAUUUAAUUCUUACUGUUGAUGAUGUAGUCAAAUCAGUGGCGCCACAAAAACCAAAUCUGUGGUUGAAUAUUCAGCAUGAUGCGUUCUAUACACAGCACAAGUUGAGCAUGAGAAGCUAUGUACUUUCAGUUUCUAGAAGAGUGCCUGUCAGUUAUAUCUCAUCGCCCGAGGUUGGUUUUCUGAGAAGUAUUACAACACGCUUCGACCCAAAAAUAACGAAACUUGUCUUCAGGUUUCUCAAUCAGGACGAUACAGACCCAUCAACCAAUCAAACUUAUGGUUCACUAUUAAAAAAUCUUACGUUUAUCAAGACAUUUGCUUCCGGAAUUCUUGUUCCCAAGGAAUACAUAUGGCCUGUAGAUGCUAGUCUUUAUCUACAACAACAUACCACUUUGGUUUCAGAUGCACAUAAAGCUGGGCUGGAAGUUUAUGCAUCAGAUUUUUCAAAUGAUGUUGUAAAUAGCUAUAAUUACAGUUAUGAUCCUCUUGCUGAGUACCUUCAAUUCAUCGAUAAUGGUGACUUCUCUGUUGAUGGUGUGCUGACUGAUUUUCCCAUAACUCCAUCCGAAGCUAUAGGUUGCUUUGCUCACCUAGGUGCCAAUGCUACACGAAAAGAUAAAACAUUGAUUAUCUCAAAAUAUGGAGCAAGUGGAGAUUAUCCAGCUUGUACUGACUUGGCAUAUAAAAAUGCCAUAUUAGAUGGUGCGGAUGUUCUUGACUGUCCUGUUCAAAUAUCAAAGGAUGGAAUACCAUUUUGCUUAAGCUCCAUUGAUCUUUUUGAGAGUACCAACGUUGCUCAAUCAAGCUUCAGCGGAUAUGCCAUGACUAUCCCUGAGAUUAAAUCUAGCAGUGGCAUAUUCACAUUCAACUUGACAUGGGCUGAUAUAAAAGGCCUGACCCCCUCAAUAAUCAACCCUUAUACAAAAUACACAUUGUUCAGGAAUCCAAAAUAUAAGAAAGCUGGGACAUUUGUAACAUUAUCAGAUUUCUUAUCGUUGACAAAAAAUCAUACUUCUCUAUCUGGAGUCUUGAUCAUAGUUGAGAAUGCAGCCUAUCUUGCAGAAAACCAAGGAUUUAGUGUGACCGAUAAGGUCAUUGAUGCUUUGCGCAAAGCAGGUUAUGAUAAACCAGGGAGCCAAAAGGUUUAUAUUCAAUCCACUAAUAGCUCUGUACUUCUGAAAUUCAAGGAGAAAACCAAUUACGAGCUUGUCUACAAGAUUGACGAGACUGUCAGUGAUGCUGCCAACGCAGCUGUUGAGGAUAUAAAAACGUUUGCGGGUUCUGUGGUUAUCAACAAGGACUCGGUAUUUCCUCAGAAUAGUGGCUUCAUAACGGGAGCUACAAAUACUGUGCCAAAGCUUCAAGCUUCUAAUCUCUCAGUUUUUGUAGAAACAUUCAGCAAUGAGUUUGUAUCUCAAGCGUGGGAUUUCUUCUCAGAUUCAACUGUGGAGAUCAACUCAUAUAUUCAGGGAGCAGGAAUUGAUGGGGUCAUCACAGACUUCCCUAAAACUGCUAGUAGAUACUCAAGAAACAAAUGCUUAAACUUGGGAAAGAACACACCUCCUUACAUGGAAGCUGUUGAAACAGGUGGUCUUUAUUCAAUCAUUAGCCCUCAAUCAUUGCCUCCAGCUCUGGCUCCAAUCCCACCGUUGACAAAAUCUGAAGUGGUAGAGCCACCUUUGCCUUCUGUUGUUGCUGAAUCAGCCCCAGCUUCUAGCCCUGCUGCCGGAACCAAGUCGCCACCUGGAAAUGCGCAACCUAAGGUUACUGUCUGUUUCUUCUUAUCCAGUAUGGCUGUGUUUGUUGCUUCUCUUCUUCUGCUUUGAGUGAAAAGGGGCAUGACACUUUUGGCUUCACACUGCAUGAAUAAUAUUCCACAAUUUUUAUUUAUUUUUAACUUAGAUGGAGCAAAUUCUUUCCCUUGUAGCUAUGCAUGUUCAUUCUAAGUUCUCCAAUGGCUUCUUGGGUUUGUACUAUGAGUACAAAAUUCUGAGUGGUAUAUAUCUACGAAUUCAUUUUAGAUGUGUAUCUUGUAUCUUUUGUUGUAACAUAUAUCUAUAUAAUUAUAUUUGUUGGUGUGCACUCGGAAUUAGAUAAACAAAUUAAUGUUCGGAUGAAGCUUUUUUGAGAAUCAUCCAGAGCAUGUGCAUUGUUAAUUGUUUCAAUAUAAGUAGAUUUUGUUUUGAUAGUUCUCAAUUUA